GUUUUUCAAGACAAUUGCAUUAUACCAACAGCCUUUCGGCUGCAGCAACAAUGUUACCAACCUCUAUCCUCACAGCUAGCAGCUUCAUCGCUGUUGCCUCCGCAUUCCCGCUUUACUCUCAUGUCGGAGCAUCUACUACUUUAGCCUCGCGAGCUGCUUACAUCACGUUUGGUGGUGACGGAUCAAUCGCUGCUGGAUGGCCAAAGCAGAGCGAAUGGAAGUCUUUUGAGGACGCCUGGGCAUCCAACCAAGAAAUCAUCAAGGGCUCUUGCGAACACAACGGCUGGGGCGACAACAACAGCGACGCCGAAACUCAGGCCAUCAAGGAUAGCAUUGAAUCAGAGUCAGAAGCCUCUGGCGUUCCCAAAGAGCUCAUCCUCGCCGUUAUGAUGCAAGAGUCCAAGGGCUGCGUUCGUGCUCCCACUACCCAAUCCGACGCACACAACCCGGGUCUUAUGCAGGGUGCCGGUACUGCCUCCUGCGAUCCUCUCACCCAAGACGCCAUCUCACCCUGCCCCGCCAACGUAAUUCAUGACAUGAUCCACGAAGGUACUGCUGGAGAAGGUCUGAGGUCAAGUCUGAAGAAGUCACUGGACGCAUUCAGCACCACCCCGGACGACAGCAAGUACUACAAAGCCGCGCGUCUCUACAACUCCGGUGAUCAGGUCACAGAUCCAAACCUGGGCCAAGGCUCUACCGCAUGCUAUGCUUCCGAUAUCGCGAACCGUCUCAUCGAACCUUUCUCAGAGAGUAACUGCGACAACAACGCUGUGGCUACCCUGACCAAGACCGAGGGCCGCGAGACUAACAAUAACGACAAUGACGAUCAGCAAAUUGAUCUUGAACAACACCAGACCGACAAUGAACAGCCAGCGCCCAAGGAAAAUGGAGACACUCAAAGCGGUGACAGUGGUAUCCUCGACGCUACCAUCACCGGCGCUGUGGACGGCUGCACCAAAUACUAUACACCAUCGGGAGGCAGCAACUGCGAGGCCGCGCCAAUUACUUUGGCCAUGUUGCGUCAACUCAACUCAAAGUUGGGCGAAGAUUGCUCUAACCUUUGGGCCGGGUACGGUUACUGCAUCGCUACUUGA